UCUUUUCUAUCCACUCUGGUCUCUCCCCUCUGCUGUCCUGCCUGCCUGCCUGCCAGCGAACCGAGCCAUUCCAUCUGACCUUCCCAGACUCUAAAAGAAAAAAAAACAAGAUUUCAGAAUGUCAAGUUAUAGGACCAGCUCCUCUUACAGUGUAAAGUCUGUUCCAAUGCAGAGAAACUACAGCAGCAGCUCCUAUGCUGGACCAAGCAGUGUCAACUCCCGCAGGAGCUUCGCUGUCAAGAGUAGCUAUGGAGGAACAAACAGAGGGUUUGGAGGUGGUGGUCUCAUCUCCAGCAGCACUUCCUAUGGCCUCGGCUCAAGCAUGAGUAGUGCAGGCAUGGGUAUGGGUGGUGGUAUGGGCUUUAAUGCUGGUGGUAUGGGCUAUGGUCAGGCUGGUCAGGCCCCCAUCACUGCUGUGACCGUGAACAAGAGCCUUCUGGCCCCCCUGAACCUUGAGAUUGACCCCAACAUCCAGGUGGUCCGCACCCAGGAGAAGGAGCAGAUCAAGACCCUCAACAACCGCUUUGCCUCCUUCAUUGACAAGGUCCGCUUCCUGGAGCAGCAGAACAAAAUGCUGGAGACCAAGUGGAACCUGCUGCAGGGACAGACCACCACCCGCUCCAACAUUGACGCCAUGUUCGAGGCCUACAUCACCAACCUGCGCAGACAGCUGGACAGCCUGGGAAAUGAUAAGAUGAAGCUGGAGGCCGACCUGCACAACAUGCAGGGCCUGGUGGAGGACUUCAAGAACAAGUAUGAAGAUGAGAUUAACAAGCGCACCGAGUGUGAGAACGACUUUGUCCUCAUCAAGAAGGAUGUCGAUGAGGCCUACAUGAAUAAGGUCGAGCUGGAGGCCAGGCUGGAGAGCCUGACAGAUGAGAUCAACUUCCUCAGGUCGAUCUACGAGGAGGAACUGCGUGAGCUCCAGGGACAGAUCAAGGACACUUCAGUCAUCGUGGAGAUGGACAACAGCCGUGGCCUGGACAUGGACGCCAUUGUGGCUGAAGUCAAGGCUCAGUAUGAGGACAUCGCCAACCGCAGCCGUGCUGAGGCAGAGACGUGGUACAAGACCAAGUAUGAUGAGAUGCAGACAUCCGCCAGCAGAUACGGAGAUGACCUGAGGAGUACCAAAACAGAGAUCGCUGACCUGAACCGUAUGAUCCAGAGACUGACAUCAGAGAUCGAUGCCGUCAAAGGACAGCGUGCCAACCUGGAGGCCCAGAUCGCCGAGGCUGAAGAGCGUGGUGAGAUGGCAGUUAAGGACGCCAAAGGUCGCAUCAGGGACCUUGAAGACGCCCUGCAGAGAGCCAAACAGGACAUGGCCCGCCAGAUCAGAGAGUACCAGGACCUAAUGAACGUCAAGCUGGCUCUGGAUAUCGAGAUCGCCACAUAUAGGAAGCUGCUGGAGGGAGAGGAGGACAGGCUGUUAACCGGCAUCAAGGCGAUCAACAUCUCCCAACAGAGCACAAGCUACGGCGGUUUCCCCACGGAUAGCAUGAAGAGCAGCUACUCAAGCAACUACUCCAGCGGAUACGGCAGCGGCGGAUACGGCGGCAGCGGCGGAUACGGCGGUGGCAGCGCAUACAGCAGUAGCGGCGGAUAUGGCAGCAGCAGCAUGGGGGGCUUCAGCGGCGGCAGCGGCUCCGGCGGUUACAGCACCACCAGCACCCAGAGCAAGAAGAACGUUGUUAUCAAGAUGAUCGAGACCAGGGACGGAAAGGUGGUUUCUGAGUCCUCUGAAGUCAUUGAGGAUUGAGCUGUCUAGUUUAGAGGUGUAGCUACCUGUCUGCUAGUUUUCCUGUUUUAUACUUACAGUUCACCCCCUCAAAAAAAUUGUCCUAAAACGAGUUGUAAGUCAAAUGCUUGCUGGCCACUCUUUAGUAGAGCGUAAAAAAUGUUUUUCAUGAAGACAUGAUUGAUACGAACACUACCAAAGAUCUGAAAGGGACCAAAGAGUUUUUCUGUAUGUCUGAUGUUUGACUGUCUGUUCUAAAAAAAAAAGUCGUAUUGUUUCAGAAAGUGAGAGCAAAAAUGGGCAAAUUGCAAAUAAGAAGACAAUUUUUAUAAAUAUAGCACUCCCUUGAAAUCUAUGCAACAUCUAUUCCAUUUCAUUACAAACUGUGUUGCAUCAAAUAGACUGUGGUGUCGUCAGAGGACUGUGAAUGUACUGAAACAGUGCUUCAGCGUUGUUGGUCAACUAAUGUCUUAACUUGCCUGCUACAGUAGGUAGUGCAUGUCUUCCCUGUGCGUGUCUUGUAACUGAAACUGUUGGACCCCUUAGGAGGCUGCCCACGUCACACUGUUGUCCUGAGGUGCUGUUUUUGCUACCAAAAGAAAUAAAAACGUGUUUACUGAAGUAA